AUGCCACACUUGCCCUUGACCGAAACUACGAUUAAAAACAGUAUCGACUUGAAAGCGAAUGGCGAAGUCAGUAGAAUGCGAAGUCAUAAAGGUAACAUGCCUUCACUACCGCAAACCAAAUAUUGCGCGUUGUGCCCUGCCAAAUUCACGCGAACAACGCAUCUUAAUAGACACCUUCGUUCACACACCAACGAACGUGCACAUCGGUGCAAUAUAUGCAAUGCCGAGUUUACUCGUAGCGAUUUAUUAACGCGACAUAAGCGAACCUGUGGGGACUCAAAUGUGAAUCGAUCCAGAAGAAAGUCGUGUCAGGCAUGCGCAGAGUCCAAAGUUAAAUGCAAUCUCCAGCAACCUUGUUCCAAAUGCUCGUCGCGAGGCAGGGAAUGCGUAUUCAUCAACGAUCCCGAGGCAUCCCGCAAUAGAAAAAUCGCCAAAAAGGCGGGCAAACCCGCCCCAUCCGUGGUAUCCAGUGAAGGCGACUUCUCGGAAUCAACGACAAGCUUGGACUCUCUGGGACCAUCCAGUCCAUCCUCGACGUUUUCCUUUGGCUCACAUGGCCAACAAGAUAACCUUUCGUAUCUUGUUUCUCCGCCUCCUACAGGCCAAUUACUACCGGGAUCUUCAUUUGGUCUCCAGACUUCUGAUUGUUCUUCUUCUGCUUGUUCUUCAUCUGCCUGCUCUUCUCGGUCAUCUCCGCAACUGGACUACUUCGAUGGUCGCAAGCUUUCCAACUCAUUCAAUAUGAGUUUCGAGGCGCUGGAACUCGAAGCAGACUACAACAACGACUACUUCCCAAACACGGUCGACCCGUUCGUGGAGGACGGCUAUUCCCCGUGUGUCCCUCGAGUCCAAACCGAAACAGAUCUGUCAGGUUGGUUCGAAACAAACCGGACUAGUGCCGUAUACGGCAAUAGCGACCCGUCCCUGUACUCGCAGUCGCAUUGUCUACCGACAAAUAUGGACUUUGUCAAUAACUCCGCGAACCUGAAUCCUGCCUCAUCUGGAAAAUCGCCCUUUUUGAGACAUACUUUCUCCACAAUUCCACAAGCAAGUCAAACCACGCCCUCUCCCUUUGCUCAUUCCUCGGCGCAAACGGAUCCGACCACCGAGGAGUUGAACCAGUACCUCUUCCUCUUUUUCUCAGAGUUCAAUCACCAGAUUCCGCUCUGCCACCACCCAUCAUGGAGAAUGGAGACAGUCCCUCCUCUUCUGUUGAGCGCAAUGCAAGCUUGCGGCGCCUUGUUUGCCAAAACUCCUACAUCAAUUGAAUACAUUGGCAAAGUUCUAACUACGUCGCGGGAUACGCUAAUCAUGGAAUAUUCGAAGCCAACUUGCACUCUCAAAGAUCAUAUGAAUCUAAUCUUAACUGUGGUUCUUCUGCAGUCGAUUGGGUUAAUUCAGUGCCGGCCGGACCAACGGGCGCUGUCCAAAGUUUACCACGAGAUUCUCGUUAUGAUGAUUCGAAAGUCCGGCUUGAUCAAACUCACCCAAUCCUGGCCUCCUCCUGAGUUCUCCAAUCCGCAGUAUCUGGAAAAUUCUUGGAGAGACUGGGCCAGGUACGAGACGUUCAAACGAGCACUCCUCUUGGCUUAUGUCCAGGACUGCGUACACGGAGUGUACUACUCGGGCCAACCUGCACUUACAAACUCUGAGCUGGAUAUCAAUCUUCCGGCGGAUGAUGAUCUCUGGAGGGCGCAGACCGCACAAGAUUGGUACCAACUUCAAACCAUGCCUUCUAAUUACGGAAUAGGGAGCGCCCGCAUUCUCGGCAUGAGCUUGCAGAUGUCGCUCGCUGCCCUCAAGGAACAGGCCCCAGCAGCCUUCCCUUACACUGUCAACCCAUUCUCUGCAUUUAUUCUUAUACACAGCAUUUUGAGGGACGUGUUUCUGCCGCCUCAGACCCCUAGGCCCAUACCAACGAAUGGCGCCAGUGAUCCGGAUGCAGUCGAUACGCUUACUAUCCAGUGUGCGCUCCACAAUUGGCAUCAAAUAUGGUCUAGCAACCAUGAAGCUCUACGUCUAGAGCAACACAAUCCUGACAAUGCCUUCGUGCACAAUGCAUCACCUUUCUACUGGUUGGCGAGGUUAGCACAAGGCGCGAAACACAACGGAUCCUUUGUCGUCAGGGCGUUAAGCACCAAGACCGACGUGGAAGAUCGUUAUCGGAUGGUCAAGGCUUGGAUACACCAAAUACACUCCAGCAUUCGACAUGGAUCACAAACAUCUCCACAUCUGACUUCCCCUCACGCGCACUCUCGGCACGGUUCUUUUUCUCAUGCUUCAUAG